UUCACAUCUUGCUUUCUGGGGGGCUGCUGGAACGGCUGCUCAAGAAAGAGAAACAUUUGACUCUUAGCUAUGUGGCUUUUUCCAUCAACAACGCCUUGCUGUGGAUUUCUAUCGGCACCCAAAUGUCACCGAUGUGUUACAGGGUUUUUAAAGCCUUAUGCACAAGCAAGCAGACGGAGACGCGCCUCAGAAACCUGUCUUUCAAAUGAGAACAUCAGAAGUUUUAUAUCAGAGAACACGGAGGUAGUUGUGGGAGGGAGCCUGACGCCUGAGAUAAAGCUGAGAUUGUUUACUCCCGGCUGCAGGUUCUGGAGAGAACGACCAGAACUCUGGCCUUUCAGCGACCCGUACUGGGCAAUUUAUUGGCCAGGAGGACAGGCGCUGUCAAGGUACAUCCUGGACAACCCUGAUGUUUGUCGGGAUGGAUCCGUGCUGGAUCUGGGCAGCGGCUGCGGAGCCUCGUCCAUCGCUGCUAAACUCUGUGGUGCUGUUCAUGUGGUGGCCAAUGAUAUCGACCCCGUUGCAGCUGUUGUGACCAAGUUGAAUUGUGAACUGAACAAAGUGGAGCCACCAGAUUGCGUGACAGACGACAUAAUUGGUUCGGAUCCUGCUCGCUUUGACUUGAUCCUCCUGGGCGACAUGUUCUACGACGAAAAGCUCUCAGACAGCCUUCAUAAAUGGCUGGAUCGCUGCGUCAAAAGCCACGGCUCCAAAGUCCUGAUCGGGGAUCCUGGGAGAGCCCAGUUUGAGGGACAUGACAUCCGGAAGCUCCUGCAUCCUGUAGCCCAGUUUGAGUUGCCUGAGAGUGUUAGGCAGGAGAACUACGGCCUCACAUCCAGCCAUGUUUGGUGCUAUCAUAGCAAGCUCUGAGUGUUGAAACGGUUUCUGAUUGACUGAAAAAGGUAUUUAUUCGACACUCAUUUGAAUACCUCUACAUUUUUGCAACGGUGUGUCACAAAUGUGAGGAAAAGGGGAAUCAAGAUGUUUAUAAGAAAUCUUGUAAACAUCUUGUGGCAGGAAGUGAGAUCUUUUUGACACUGCAAACUGGAAACAACUCUGAAAUGUUCAUGGUAAAUGGUAAAAUGUAUAGCACUUUAUCAAGUCCAGAGGAUCCCAAAGCACACACUUUCACACAUUGAUGGUGGCAAGGACUGUCUGGUCUGACAGAGCCACCACUGGCCCCUCUGACCACCACCAGCAGGCAAUGUGGGUGAAGUGUCUUGCCCAAGGACACAACGACAGAAGCGGACGGAGCAGGACUCGGACCGGCAACUCACUUAUUGCAAGACGAGCUCCUACCAACUUUGUGUUGAGACAUAAUUAUGCCUGUCAAGUUCAAACAACCUAAAACAUUUUAACACCACGCAAAAAGGAGAAAGACAAGAGAGUUUUAGAUUUACUUGCUGCAAGGAGAACGGACAAUCUGUCCGUAAUCUCAGUUACAGACAGUUACAAUCUCCCACCCGCUCUGAAGCACGUUCUUCCAUACCCUCUCUUUUUAUUUCCGUAGGGGCAGUCCCUAGUUAUAUAGCUUAUUCGGUUAUCUUGAGUUACUUACAUAGCGCUGCUACUUCUUCUGUUUUCUUGAAUCACAGGCAUGUUGCACCUAUGGGCUGACGUAGCGCAGAGUACAAAAUUCAGAGUUCAGUUCCUGCUUCCUUCUGUAGCUAAAUUCAGGAACUGAUGAACUCACAGAAUAAUGGGAGCUGGUGCGCAACGAAACAACUUCACACAACACAGCAAACAUAAGAUAACAGAGAGAUUAAUAGAUUAAUAGAGAGAUUACAAGUUUGUAAGAUUCUUCCUGCGAGAUGAUGUCUCCUUUUAAAGACCAUAAGAGGCUUCUGCCCGCUCUUACUGGUGCAACCCUUAUGUCCUGUGCACACACACACACAGAUGACCCUUAACCCUCCCCCUUUUUUUCCUUCAGAGAUGUCUGUCCACUUUUGCGCCUGGACGCAUACACACGGACAGCUUGGUGAGCAAAACCUUAGAUAAUUACAACAUUCUAUUUAAAUAUACUAUAUAUAUAUUAAUCCUGAUACUGAUGGUCACUUGUUUUUUUUGUACUUUAAUUGUGUUAUACUUUAAUUCCCUCACAAGUGCUCACAUGUGCGCACACACCCCACACACACGCACCCACGCACACACCCACCCACGCAUACACACACCCCACACACACACACACCCAUGCACACCCUCCCUACCAAGAGGGACUUUUGUUUCUAUAUGUCUUUAUAUACAGACACACACACAGUGAGCAGCACUGUCAUGGGGCCUCCCCCCAAAAGUCACGAGAAUGAAUUCUGUGCUGGCGUUUACAUCAUAUCAAUCAACCCCUUAUAGAGACCCAAUUGAGAUGAUCAGAAAUACAGAGAGCCAAAUGUGUCACGCAUGAUGACCGGAGGUCAUGAGAGUCUUCUUAAUGGCUGGCGCCUGUCCCGCUUCAGGCAGUAUAUCAGAAAGACCUUCUGUUUAAAAACCGGAUGUAGUUACAACAUCCAAAUCUAUUUGAAUAUACUAUAUUGUAUAUUACUAUUGAUUUUCUAACACCGAACCCCUUGUCUCUGCUUCUAUUGGCUAAUUCAAACUCAUAGAGGUCAGAAGGAGUUCACCUUAAACACUGUAUGGCAUUGAGACAUCCUGAGGGACAUGUUCAAAGUUCAACCCUUUCCCUGUCCAGUAUUCUGCCCGGACACACGCACAAACACGAACGGCUUGGUGAGCAAAACCGGAGUUAAUUACAACAUUCUAUUUAAAUAUACUAUAUUGUAUAUUAUUCUUGAUUAUUUAACACUUAUUGUUUUUUUAUUCUUUAAUUAUAUUACUCAUAAAACUCGGAGCCUGUCUCUGUUUCUAUUGGUUGAAUUGAAAUUACCGGGAAUAUAGUGUAACACGUGUUAAGCAUGCUGAGGUCAUGAGACAUCCUGGGGGGGAUCAUGUGACCGGAUUUGGGGGGGGGGGGGGGGGGUCAUCAAUAAAUUUGUAAUUGAUUACGUUUCAAAUACAAUCCUAAACAGGUGGGUUUUUAGUCGAGUUUGCAUCCAUAGAAGGAUGGAUGGUUUACAUUGAUCAUUUAUAAGCUUUAGUAAUGGAACAUUCAACAACUGCAGGUAUUUUGUUAGUGAACACUGAAGUGUGUAAGACAAUGGAUGGAGGGAAAGCAUCAUUAGGGCCAAGAAACACAGCAUAUAACUCAGAGACAAAAGUAGUGGAUAAUUUUAAAGGUAAAAAAAACAAUUUCCCAUGUUGGAGCAACUCUUGCAGCGUGGUUGUGGAAUGUAAAAAAACUUUCAACUUUAGGGAAAGCUGAAAGAUACAUAUAAGUAUCCUCACCUAGGCCUGUUUAGUACCUGUCGGAUAUUCUUCAGAAAUAAAUUUACAGAUGAGGAACUUUUACUGACAUGUUUCACACUAGCAAGUGUUACAGAAAAAAAAUCUGAGUUUCAAAUGUAUUUAAACCAACAUUUACUAUUUUGGAGAAAGCAUGAAGCAGUGGGAAGAUCAGUGUUGAUUCAACAGCAAGAAAAAGACUCAACGUAAGCAUUCACAAUGAUGCGAGGCCAAAUUCUGGUAAGGGAGUGAUGUUAGAGAUUGUCUUUCACUUUAACUGUUAUGUGCUUCGGCACAUUGUAUUUAUUUCUGUCUAUUUUUUUUUCAUUUGGAUCAUUUUGUAUAGAAGUUAGUUGUAUGAUUUUUUUUGUUGUUGUUUAAUAUACUUUGGAGUUUUGAUAAUUCUUUCUUGUAAUUUGGUCCGUUAAUUUGUGACGCUGUUGGACAGCCUAUAAAUAGGCUGGGUUGCGCCAGGUAAAGGGCGACGCCCUCCCAACAAACACCCAGGAUGCGUUCUGACGCGGUGCGCACGUCUCCAGCCUGCCACACGGUAGUUUUUGUUAGCCAUUUGUUUGGUUGAUGUUUUUUUGUUGUGAUUUUUGACCUGGUGGGACCGGUUGUCUUGUUUUUG